AUGUACUGGCCAUACUCCAGGAUGCGGGCGACGAAGAGGGCAGAGACGCGGCCAUGGAAGACUGGAUUCUGGCGGCGAAUACCUUGGGAUGGACUGCUUUCGCUCGUUCUGGGAUUUGGGUGCGGCAUUGCAGCACUUAGCAUCGUCCUGAUAUCCGAAGGAAAGACUCUGGCUUACUGGCGUGUAGCUGGAUACCAGGUCCAGCCGACUGUGAUUCUAUCAGUGAUAAUAACAGUCUGCAACAUGUUAUUGACCUACGCCUUCUCAACUGGUUUGACGAUUUUCUGGUGGACAUCCUUCUUGCGGAAAACAACACUUCGGGACUUACAUUCGAUAUAUCAAUCAGGAACUGGCUUUCUCACCAUAUUCUCCCACAUACCUGCACUGAACUCAGCAACAGUAGCAAGCUUCUUCAUGCUCAUUCUCCUGAUGGAUGGUCCCCUAUUCCAGAGAGCCAUCAGCAUCACGUCAAUAACGCAGACACCCUUGAAAGACUUGGACAUACAUGUAUCACCUGGUCCAUUGAUGUACGGAUCUACCGGCAUCAUGCCCGAUCAUCAAAGCUCAUUCACAUCACAAUUGUAUCAUCCGCAAUUUGCGCUGAUACUCCAGGCGUACAACCAGCGAAGUCCCAUCACGAUAUCGGAAUCUGAUUGCGAAGGCACGUGCGAUUUCGAUGUACUUGCAGCCGGCUGGGAUGUUGAAUGCCAGAAUCGCACCUCCGCAUACCGUUUGAUGGAUGGAAAUGACUACUUCAACAAGGACACCACGAUUCCUCAGGACCAGCCCAUGUUCACAACCAAUGUGACGUAUGAUCAAGAAGUCGACAGCGGAUUAGGAUUGCAGCAUCAGAUCGGAAUCAGUACAAUGUACAAGUCGACGCCGGGUACCAACGGCACGAUGCAAUGGCRCAACUGUACGCUGAGGRAGGCUUUGGUACGCUAUCCCAUGCGUAUAACUAAUAACACUGUCUCGCUGCUGGGCAUGUCUCCAUCUGAGAAUCGAACGGAACAAUUGAUUCGCCGUGGCUAUGAGUCCGCAGGGCAGUCGAAUACACCAUCCACACUAGGAGGACUAGCCCGUGCUAUUCACGCCCAGUACACAUCAAAUGCCACCAUGAGUUGGAUUGGUGGCUGGAGCGCUGUCCGUACCAGUGACACAGUCGCGAGCCUGUACUUGCGAACACCCAAUAUCACAGCAAUGACCACCAACGAUAUCACAUGGGCCGAUCCGAUAGACGAUGCGAUCGCUAUGCUUCAGGAGCUGACAUUGCGAACCGCGAUAGGAACGACAAUCCAACCACCAGAAUUGGCGGGAUAUGCCUUCUCAGGUCCAGACUAUCCCACCGCAACGCAGCCAGAAGUCAUUGUACCGGACCUAUCAAACGUCAAUCGCACCCUCCAUCAGAAAGUCACAGCCCACAUGAAACAGCCAGAGACCGUCUAUCAAGCUCACAGUGAUUGGUUAGGAGGUGGUUUCGCGGUCAUCGUAGUGGCGUGUCUAUCGAUCAUACCAACAUACAGAGGCUGGUGGAACCUCCCCAGGAAUGUCAGCAUGAGUCCGUUGGAGGUUGCAAGGGCAUUCGAUGCUCCGCUACUGAGGAACGCAGAUCCCAAUGGAGAAGUCAGUGAUCUUUUGCGAGCCAGUGGCUCCAAAAGCGUGCGCUACGAGGGUGGCGUAGCAGCACCGAUCACGAUAGACGAAGAACAUGCGAGUAAAGAGCCUGGUUUGGCACGCCCUUUUUCUGGUUCUGCGAAUUCGAGUUCAACAGGUCUGGUGCCUUUGAAGCUCUUGCAGCAAGGCGGCGCAGCAUUUCCAGCACGAGACGUAGGGCCGAGAUUUGAUAAAUUGUGA